AUGGUUCGUGCUCUGGUCGCUCUCCUCUGCCUGCAGGCUUGCGCGCUGGCGGCGCCCAGGGCCGCGACGCAGUGGCCCCGGAGGGUCCGCGGGCGCAUCAUCAACGGCACCGACGCCAGCGUCGCCGACUUCCCGUGGAUGCUGUCGAUGGAGGCGGCGGGCCAGCAGUGGUGCGGUGCCUCCGUGGUCAGCGGCAGCUGGGCGCUCACGGCCGCGCACUGCGUCUCCGCGCCCUACCUCACCCUCAGGGCGGGCUCUUCCACGUGGGGCAGCGGCGGGGUCGUCCGCGACGUCUCGCACACCGUCAUCCACGAACACUUCGACUACUAUGCUAUGACGUACGACUUCGCUGUUCUGCACGUGGGCCACUACGUUUACCGUUUCAAAUUACAGUUUUUGUACGCCGCUGGUCGUUAUAAUAGCAGCACUGUUUCCGAGCCCUUCCCAUUGGGCCCCAACGUCCAGCCCGUCGGCCUCCCCCCAGAUGGGUACGAGCCCCCAGCUGGGCUGCCCGUCACCGCCACCGGCUGGGGCGCGACCGAGGAGGUGUGGUACCCUGACGUGCUGCAGAGGGUGGACGUCCAGGUGCUGGACCGGUCGGUGUGCCAGGAGCACCUGGGCUCCAUCCACACAGUGACGGCGAGCAUGCUGUGCGCUGGCCAUGAGGGCCACGGCGCGUGCCACGGUGACUCUGGAAGCCCGCUGGUGCACAACGGCACCCAGCUCGGCACCGUGUCCUGGGGGCAGCCCGCCUGCGACGGCCCAGCUGCCGUCUACGGCAACGUCGCCAGCGUCAGCUCCUGGAUCAGGAACACUACCGGGGCUUAGCGCACUGCUUCUGCAGUCUUCCCCGUGGCACCUUCCUGUUCAAAUCGAUGUCGAGCUUUGUUACGUAACUUUCUGAUUCUAGAGACAAUUUUUAAUUUGUAUUUUGGAUCUCGAUUAACCCUAUGACAACCGUACUGCAGAAUAUACACAUCAGGCGAAAUAAAAGUGACCCACAUCUUAAAAAGUAACAGAACUGCGUUACAGAUAACGUAGCUGGGUUGUCAAUCUUAUGGUACAUCAUAUACCCCCGGGUCAAUUUUGUUUUGCCCACGCUCUACUUAAGUGAAUAAUAAAGAGUAAAUUGU